AUUAUAAGCUAAGGCCAACUUUGCAACAUGCAGGUCACUGUCCUUUCUUACAGAGUCUUAACGUUUUACUAAAAGUUUUUAGCACAAUAAGUAACUUCUCGAAGUUAAAUGCUAAUAACUGUAAUUACAUAAAGGAAACUGCUACUUCCGAGUUAGGGAACCGUCAUUAUUUAAAUAAAGAUAAUCACGAAAACUUACUUUUGAAAGAAACUUCGAUAGUUAAAAACGAAGACGUUAACGCAGAAAAAGAAAAAGCCCACCGGGCUUUUAAGAUGUUAGUUCAGCUUAAUGAAGGAGUGAAAAUCCCUCGUCAGUGCCCUUUUUUACAAUAUAAAGAGAAAAAUAAGAAGAAAUCGAGUGAAGGGAAGAUAGACACCAAUCGUUUUAAUUAUGAAACCUUUUUUUUAAAUAAAAUUAUUGAAAAGAAAAAAGAUCACUCCUACCGCACCUUUAAUAGUGUCGAUCGUUUAGCUGAAAACUUUCCUUACGCCAGAAACUCCAAACUUAAAAAAAUUAUUACUGUAUGGUGUAGUAAUGACUACCUCGGAAUGAGCCGAAAUGAAGUUGUGCUUGAUGCUAUGAGAGAGGCUCUCCGUUUACACGGCGCUGGCUCUGGAGGAACUCGUAAUAUAUGUGGAAAUGGCCUUCUUCACGAAGUUCUAGAAACUGAACUCGCAACUCUCCAUAGAAAAGAGAGCGCACUUUUGUUUUCCUCUUGUUUUGUUGCAAACGAUGCCACGUUGACUACUCUAUGCAAACUUUUACCGGAAUGUAUUGUUAUAUCGGAUGCAUCUAACCAUGCCUCGAUGAUUCAAGGCAUUCGUAACGGUCGUUGUCAGAAAUAUAUAUUUAAAAAUAACGACGUUGAGGAUUUAGAAAAAAUUCUCAAACAAUUACCUCUUAACUCACCAAAACUCGUGGCAUUUGAAUCUGUGUAUUCUAUGUCGGGUCGUAUUGCUCCGAUCGAGGACAUUUGCGAUCUUGCUUGCAAGUACAAUGCCCUUACUUUCCUUGAUGAGGUUCAUGCCGUUGGCAUGUACGGCGCUACGGGCGGCGGUAUAUCUGAGAGUCUUGGCCGUCACGUUCAAGACAAAGUUGAUAUUAUUUCUGGUACACUAGGAAAAGCAUUUGGCGUCAUAGGUGGGUAUAUUGCCUCGUCAGCAAACCUUGUAGAUUUUAUCAGAAGUUACUCUCCGGGAUUUAUUUUCACAACCUCGCUUCCGCCUGCCAUCGUCGCGGGAGCCAUAGCCUCCGUCCGUUACUUAAAAGAAAAUAAUCUUGAAAGAGAGUACCAAGUCAAAAACGUUGAGGCUUUAAAGAAACAUCUUCAGGGAGUUGGGAUUCCCACAGUCCAGUCUCCUGGUCAUAUUAUUCCAAUUAUUGUUGGCGACGCUGCGCUGUGCCGUAAAGUAUCGGACGAUCUUUUAAACAAGCAUGAUAUUUACGUGCAAAGUAUAAACUAUCCCACAGUUCCAAGAGGAAGUGAACUCUUAAGAGUGACUCCCACGCCUUAUCAUGGCCCAGCGCUUAUCGAGCAAUUUGUAACUGCUUUAACAAAUGUGUGGGACGAUAACGGCUUGAAGAGGACAACGUCUACGCCGCCAUGUCAAGUGGUUUGUUAAUAGUCAACCGCUACUAAUAGUUUUAGAAAAAGUUUUUUUUAGAGUGUUCUG